AUGGCCGAGGUGCAGCACAACGAAGCUCUCGCGGAGUCACGCAUAUCCAGUAUCGAGAAUACCACCCAGCACCGCCCCGAUGCACAGACUACCAACGACACUAGCACCGAGGCAGACCUCAAACGCUACACAUGCCUCUACUUCGGCUACGCAUCAAACCUCUCCCCACGCACCAUGAAACAACGCUGCCCAGACUCCCUCUUCAUCAGCCUCGCUCGUCUGCAGGGAUGGCGCUGGAUCAUCAACGAGACCGGCUAUGCUAACAUUAUUCCCGGCAAUCCCGACGACGAAGUUUGGGGUAGCCUGUGCUUCCUGUCACAUAGAGAUGAGACCGCGCUCGACGAAAGCGAAGGUGUGCCUUGGCUGUAUGAGAAGAAGAAACUCAAGGUUCAGAGGAUGCCUCAGCAGCAAGCAGGGGCGGAGUGGCGGGUCGAUGAGGGCGAGGAAGUGGAGGCUGUUGUGUAUGUUGAUGUGCAGAGGUUGACUGAGGGGAGGGUUGAGAGGGAGUAUGUCGUCUGGGUGAAGAAGUCGAUCGAGGACGCGAAAUUGUGUGGAUUGCCGGAAAGCUAUGCGGAGAAGUAUAUUAAUAGAUUCUUGCCUCGUGGUCAUAAUGGGGGCAGUACUCUGCCAGAGCGGGAUAUUAUGAUGGUAAGAACAAUGAAGUUUGGAGACAAGGGGGCUGGCAUGGUGCCACGAGGUUUUGCAAGCUGGGAUCGUGGUUGA